AUGUCCGCACAAAAUAAAUCUCCCGGGCUACAAUUAAUAGGUUCCAAAGGUACUGUAGACCCCCCUAUCGCUAACGGAAUGGGAUUGCUUUCGGUGAAAACUCCCAGGGGCAUGGAGUCCCCUAGAAUUUUGGAAGGAGGCUCACCCGACACACAUGUGAGGCCGGGCCUGAACAGGCCUCCGUCAAUACAGAAGAUUACGGAUGCAGCCCACAAGAUGAGCGACUACUUUUCUACCUCCAUGGCAAACUUACACAGCUCACAUAACAUGUCCGAAUCACCCACUUAUUCCAGAACAAGUUCCAACUCGUCUUUGGGAAAGCUGCUUGAAAGUUUUCACCACCACAAACCGAAUGCCACAACUCGAAAGAGCACAAGCUCAAUAGCCACCAGUCCCUCAAGGGACAAUCUAGGUAUCCUAGCACGUGCAAGACGCAGUAGUGCGAAACUGGACGAGUACGACCGCCAGACUCAUGAGGAAUCAGCGCCACCGCUCUCUCAACUGCCAAAAGUGAAGGAGACUCAUUACGUGCGCGUGGAGUACGAUCCGAUAACACACAAGAGAAUAUUGAACACGUACGAGAUUCUCAAAGACCUUGGGAGCGGCCAACAUGGCAAAGUGAAAUUGGCAAAAGACCUCAAUUCUAACGAGCUGGUUGCAAUAAAGAUUGUGGAUCGUGGGUCAAAGCCGAGACUGGGUCGAUUGACUCGACCUGGAUCGUCCCAGGAGGACAAAAUUAGACGAGAAAUAGCUAUUAUGAAGAAGUGCUCUCACCCGCAUGUUGUCAAGCUUUUGGAGGUACUGGACGCAGAAAGCUCAAGAAAGAUAUACAUGGUGCUAGAAUACUUGGAGAAAGGUGAGAUCCAGUGGCAGAAGGAGGACGAAGAGACAGGUUUCAAACCAGAGCCGCUCCUUUCAUUAUCUGAAGCAAAAAAUGUGUUCAGAGAUGUUGUCAGCGGGCUCGAAUACUUGCAUAAUCAAGGGAUCAUCCACAGAGACAUCAAGCCAUCAAAUUUGCUCGUUUCCAAAGACUACGUGGUGAAGAUAUCGGACUUCGGAGUUUCUUUUGCAGCAAGCUUGGAAGGAAAUGACGAAGUGGAGCUCGCUAAAACUGCAGGCACGCCUGCGUUCUUGGCUCCGGAAUUGUGCAAGACAGAUGGGUCUUUUGACAAGGUGACCUAUAAAAUAGAUAUAUGGGCGCUGGGAGUCACAUUGUACUGCUUAUUAUUUGGUUGUCUUCCGUUUAACGCAGAGUCAGAAUUUGCAUUAUUUGACACGAUUUGCAACAAGCCGUUAACCUACCCGGAUACCAAUAAAUGGAAGUGUUCGCCGCCAAUACCGGACUACGAUCUGAACCAAGCCAAGGAUCUUAUCAACAAGCUUCUCCAGAAAUCGCCUGAACAUAGAAUUGAUAUCUCUGAUAUAAAGGCACAUCCUUUCUUUCUUGAAGGGCUGUCCAGGGCCCAAUCUAGAAAGUACAAUGCCAAUUGGAAUAGUAAGAUGAAAAUCGCUGUCAGCAACGAAGAGGUUAACGAGGCAGUGGUUGGCAUUGGCAACAGGAUCAAGAAGAAGCUUUCUGAUGUGUUCAGGCUGACCGGUCUUUCUGUUCCUAAAACGAAACAAUCGCUCUACCUGCAAUCCUUAAAAGGCAUGAUGAGUCCCUCUGACUCAGAGUCGUCCACGGGCACUCCAACGAACGGCGAGCAUUCUUAUUUGCUGUCCGAGGCCCUCAGCACAAGCGGGUGGUCCAAGGGUUCCAGUCUUCCUCCUUCUCCGUCAGCCCAGAGCGCGACACCUCCAAAAUUAGUCAGUCGCCGCAACGAGCUGGCGCCUGGAAACCGCGAUUCUCUCGCCCUUUCCAUUGACUCGAGCACAACAGAUUCGUCGUCGUUAUCCAAAGCGGUCGCAACAAAACACAAUGUAGAUGCAGAUUCGCUCAUUGCACCAAACCGAAGAGGCUCUUCGGCACUAAGUCAACUUUCCGAGAUCAUCAGAACGACGAGCAACCCAGACUCGUCAAACAUGCCUAUGACGGAGAGCGAAAUGACAAUCACCACAGAUACCAGUGAGCGUGAGCUGAUCGCUCCGUCAGACCGCGUAGAUGAUAAAUCUGGUCACACAAAUAUAACAGAGGAGCAAGAAUCAUUGAACAGGGCCUCGUUGCCCGUGGUACCCAGCUUUGCUUCGCUGGACAGUUUCUAUGAAAACUCGUCCAAUCCGAAUACCUCCUCGCUCGAAACCUCAGUUUACGCAGGAAUACCAUCGCAGAGAUUGCCAACUAACUUAGACACGCGACAUGGUUCGGUGAGCUCCUCUAUGUCAAUAUCUCGUGCUUCACAAGGAGAACGUCGCUUUGCCCCUUCGCACGCACUGGGAAACGACGUUCCCUUGCACACGAUGAACUCUGCAGUGUCCGUGCCAGAACAUAUUAAAUCCGAUCUGGAAUCGAUGGCGCCGGCGAUCAGUAAUGAUUACUAUAGUGCAAGACACGUGCCCUCUGCUGGACGGCUUGCGAACAUCGCCGUGCCACAGCGCCGCAACUCGCGUAAAGUGGUCUUCAAUAACGGCUCCGAGAAUUGUGCUUCCUCUGACGACGAAGGGUCUUCAGAACAGCGCACGAUCAAAGUGUCGGGAAACCCUCAAGAAACUCAGAAGUCCCCAAACAGUGCCGCGCGCAAUCCUCUGUACGGGAAAAAACUGGUUAUUGCGCCAGCUACUCACGACUCUGAUUGCGAGUCAGACUCCGAAGACUCCGACGAGUCAAUUGAGCUGACGCUGUCGUUUGGAAAGAAUCGCUCUCGACCUCCCCUUGUUGCACGUCCCUCGCUUCCGCGUGCUGCGAGCCACGCCACUUCGAUUAUCCAGGACAGCAUACACGACGUUCCCCUGAACUUGAUUUCACCAGACUAUCAGACGGAGGCCAGCAAACUGAUUCCUGGGAUAGGAAAUACCGAUUUGAGCGGCAAGUAG